AGAGAGUUCCACUUUAGAAAAAAAAAAGAUGGCACCGAUUAUCUCCCUUCGUCAUCAUCAUCAUCAUAAUCUUCUUAAGUAAAGCAAAGAAUCCAGAGAAGAAAGUAAGGAAACACUUAUCACUGAGAAGCUUUCUAUCGUAUCAGCCAUGGCUUCACCGGCUGUGCAGGCUGGAACGGUGGGCUCUGCAGGAUUCGGCCUACAUCUCGGUUCAUCGGCUGCUUGUGUUGCUUUUACAAAGGAUGGACGAGUUGAUGUUGUUGCAAAUGAUCUUGGUGAUCGUACCACUCCUUGUUUUGUGGCUUUCACAGAACAUGAUAUGGCUGUUGGUUUCGCUGCAAAGCAGGGCUAUGUACGGAACACAAAGAACACAAUAUACCACGUCAAACAGUUAUUAGGCAAACCUUUCCAACAUGAAACUACAAAACAGUUCAUGAAUAAAAAACAGGUUCAGGUUGUCAACCGGAAGGAAGAUGUUGCUUUUGAGGUGGAUUUUAAAGGCAAAGUAACUGUCUUCUCAGUAUCAGAGAUUUUAGAGAUUUUAUUUAAGAAAUUACUUGAGAUUGGUCAGAGCAAAGCUGGUAAAGGCUGUUUUGAUGCUGUACUUGCUGUACCGGUUAAUUUCACGACGGACCAAGAAAAUCUACUUCGACAGAUUGCUACAAAAGUUGGUUUCCAAGUUCUACGAAUAAUUCAUGAGCCUGCAGCUGCUGCUCUAGCAUAUGAUGUGCAACAGGAUGAAUCCUGCGUUUCAGGGCAUGUACUUGUAUUUCGACUUGGUGGUGUAUCCUGUGAUGUGACACUGAUCAAGUUAUGUGGAGGGAUCUACUCUAUAGUAGCAGGGGUGUCAGAUUACAGUCUGGGUGGAGACAACUUUACUGAGGUUCUCUUGCAACAUCUUCAAGGAGAAUUCAAAAGGCAGUGCCGGCAUGACAUCAGUGAUAACAGUCGGUCAAUUGCAAAAUUGCAGCGAGGUGCAGAGAUGUGCAAACAUGCCUUAUCAACUGUUAGUAACUCCCAUUGUUCUGUUGACUCACUCUAUGAUGGCAUGGACUUCUCAACUUCUGUUUCACGGGCCAGAUUUGAGAGUCUUUGUACCUCCUUGAAAAACCGUUGUAUUGCUAAAAUUGAAGAAGUUCUUAGCAAUGCAGAUUUACAGAAAUCUGAUAUUGAAAAGGUCAUACUUUGUGGUGGUGGCUCUAAAGUUCCAUUGGUGCAGAAGAUGGUGUCUGAAACUUUUCCAAAUGCCAAAAUCUUGAAUCACAUUCCACCAGAUGAGGUCAUUGCUAUUGGGGCAGCUAAAGAGACCAGUAUUUUGAAAACUUUUAAAAACAAAUUAAUUCCUGAGAGUGAACAUCAAAAUAAAGUGAAGAUUCUGUCUCAAGCAAUUGCAGUAAAAGUGCGAGAGAAUCGAGACAAAACUACUUAUAAGGAUUUCCAGACUGUAUUUAGCAAAUCUACUCCAAUUCCUUCCCACCAGAAAUUUGUCUUUUCAGCUUCGUCUCAAGAAAGUGCAUUCUUUCUUGAUGUUUUGGAAUUGGAUGAUUGUCCUGAAAGGGACGAGGGUGAUGAGAAUAGUGAUAAACUUCUUGCAUCGGUUGUAAUGAAAAAUAUUGCUCAAGAAGCUCCUAUAUCAACGUCGUUUGUUUUAACAAGAGAUAAAUUCCUAGAAGUUGUUUGCCAAGAAGAGACAACACACAAGAAAUUAACUGUACAAAUUCCUGUCAGAUAAUAUUGGCAGCAAGAGAUUAGACAAAAAAAGUAAUUGGAACUUUCUACAGCUUUACUUAAAAUCGUCAAUGGCUUUCAGAAAUCAUAAAUAAAUAAUUUUUUAUACUUAUA